AUGGCCUUCUUUUGCCGCUGUAGUGCAGCGACAGGGGAAGCGGCACUGGAAGAUGGAGACAGUGCCAUUCGACAAGAGGGAGAUGCACAGCUGUCCCACAUGGAAGACGUCUCGCUGCAACUGGCCAAGCAGGAUCAGUCUCUUGGGAUUGACGAAAAGGCAUCGGAGCAUUCCACAGUGACACCGUCUAUUCAGGAGAUCUCCAUGGAACUCCCUACAUUGGAGGCGGAGGAGAAGAUUGGGAAGGCUCCAGAAGCCAACCCUCUUGAGGAAGUAGAAGCGACGGAGGCAGCUCCAGAAGUGAAGCCCGAGCCGCAGAAAGCUGAAGAGAAGGUGAAAAGACCACCGGAGCCAUUGACCACGUUAGACGAUCAGAACUUCGAUGACCGUGGUGUGAGCACCCUGGACGAGUCGAAGACGUUUUACUACACCUUAGGUAAUGACUACAGAUGUCUUUUGACGGGAUGGACCCAUACGAGACCGUAUGCCAAAGGCUUUAUCCGCAACAAGCCAGGGACAGGCAAGGCUGUUGUCUCUGGUCUUGACCAUGGAGUGGGUUACUUCUGGAAGGUGUACCAAGUGGCUAAGCUGCACGGGAGUGCAAAUGGCCUUUCGGUCAAUGGUGAAGAUCAGGGGAAGACAAACGCCAGCAAGUCCUACGAGGCCACUGCAUCAGGCAAGACCUUGGCAGACAAAGAGGGAAAGAUCACAUUUGCCUUCACUCGAGAUGGGGAUGAAGUGCAUUUGUCUGGCAUUGCUGUGGCAAGAGAGGAGGAGAAAGAAGGGAAGCCUAAGCCGAAGGCCAAAGCAAAGGUGAAAGCCAAGGCCAAAAACAAAGGCAAAGAGCCGAAGUACGACGAGGUCGGGCGGAGGAUUGACCGACGCAAGAAGGAGGAAUCUUCCUCAGACGAGGACCUGCUAGAUGACCUGUGCCCUUCCUCGAGAAAGGACGCCGAUUUUGAGCGAGAAUUGAAGAAGAUGAAGAAGAAGGUUAGAGCAGGCAUGACGGAAAAGCAGCGGGAGGAGAUGGAAAACCCUUGGCUCUACACGCAGAUCUCCGACGGGGAGCGAUCCCUCAAGAAGGACAUGUUCAAAAGCUUCUAUCGGGAGCAGUAUGCCCGGCUCAAGAAGAGCGCCGGACCCGAUCUCAAGCAAUAUCAGAAGAACGACCCAGCUACGGGGCAGAGUGUUGGCACUUCGAACCUCAAGGCUGAGGGAGGGCACCGACCUCUUCCCCGACCCAAGGGUGUGAAGAUGCCAAAAGACUUCCAAAAGGACGUCGGCCGCAUCUCACAGAAGGACUUGUUGGAAAAGUAUGGCUGCAAAGGUGACGCCAUGGGGACCCACGACGGCACGUGGGCUCGCACACGUGGGAAGUCUCUGAUUCCCGGCUACUUUCACAUGGGCUGGCAAGUCCUCCGUGCAUUUGAUGAGAAACUCUCGUGCUUCUUUGUUUGUUCCUUAGCCUUGCCCUUCCCAGAGAUUCUUUUCACUGGUCCGCCAGGUGAGCGCAUGCUGGUCUCGGUGUACGGAGACUUGUUUGAUGUCUCGGAUCGGCCAGACAAAUAUGGGCCAGAUGGGCCGUACUGGUAUAUGACUGGUAAGGACAUCACAUGGGCCCUGGUCAGUGGCGAGGAUUCCGAAGAGAACAUGGACAAGUUCUAUGACAUCUUCAAGAUCCAGCCGCAGGAUGCUGCGGACCGGCGCUUGCAGGGACUCAUGAGUUGGUGGGCCUUCUAUGAGAAGGAGUACGGGAAACCAGUUGGUCGAAACACUUCCUACGACAAGGAGUGGGGGUUGCCCCCGCCACCAAACAUUGCUGACGGGUGCAGUGUCAUGUGA